UCCCACGUCGCUUUGUUCAUUUCAGUACGAUAAAAUCCAUUUUCCAUAGGCUCAAUCAUCUUGUAAAGGAACAGAUAACCACUUUCAAGGAACACAAUAUUCACUAAAAGUUUCAACUUUGUCUUUGAACUGCAACCUCGAAUUUGUAAGUCAGGAGGGGAAAGACCCUGUCUAUUGGGAAAUCGCCGCCCACUGCACACAGCACAGUCAGCACUAAAGUUUUCGCUUGUAUUUUUUAGGAAACAAAAGAGCGUUUCGAAAAGGACAGAGCAAUCCUUUGCAUAACGUAUGCAUCACAAAAUAUGGCGGACGAAAGUGAACAACAGCAGAAUAAUGUUGAAGAACCUUUAGAUCUUGUUCGUCUUAGCAUCGAUGAAAGAAUAUACGUAAAGUUAAGAAAUGACAGAGAACUCAGGGGAAGACUUCACGCUUACGAUCAACAUCUGAAUAUGAUUCUUGGUGAAGUUGAAGAGACCAUUACAAAUGUUGAGAUUGACGAAGAAACGUAUGAAGAACUAUUUAAGACAACGAAGAGAAAAAUACCAAUGUUGUUUAUCAGAGGAGAUGGAGUCAUCUUAGUAUCUCCGCCAGUACGAGUUGGCUUAUGAGCAAAGAUGCGAAUUUUAUUGUGUGAUAUUUUUUGUACAUUUUAUGACACUUUGAAACCCACAUAGGCAUUGACACCUCCAGACUAAAUAACUUUCUAAAUAACUUUAAAAACAAAUGAAUAGAAUGUAGUGUUGUGUAUCAUAGCAGACAAAACAAUAUAGUGUUGUAAUGUGAAUAAAGAAGUUGUAUUAUAACAAAGCUCCGUGGUCC